AUGGCCGAUUUAGACAAAUUUUAUAGGACUGGCAGCAACGAAACCUGUUCUCCUACCUUAUCCUACAACUCAGAGCUCAUCCACCUGAUACCCAUCAGCUCCAGCUCUGAGAAUGCGGAGCAGGUACAGGAUAUAGCGGGGGUUUGUUUCAUCAGUUUGGUGGCACUCUCAACUUUAGUCAACUCUGUCAUCAUUAUUCAUUUCCUGGUGAAGAGGAAGUACAAAAGAUCACAUCACAUGACUUACUUGAAUCUCGCUGUAGCUGACCUGUUAAUUUCUGUUUACGGUACUGCUGUGAGAGGACCAGCCAUUUACAACGGUAUAAAUACAGAAACAAUGUGUUUCGUGUCUCUUCUCAUCAGCACAUACGUCACCAUGGUAAACUUCGCUUCAAUCGUCCCUCUCACCUACGAUAGAGUAGUUGCAGUCCUCUUCCCGUACAGAUACAAAGACCAGGAACACAGGACACAACUGAAAUACUUUAUCGCUUGCAUCUGGAUCGCUCCCAUUGUAGUACUACUAAUCAUCAACAUAUCUGUAUACGCUCAGGGUCGAACCUUCAGCAGAUUCUGCCCCGACACCUCCACAUGCAGAUUUGAUACUUGGGGGGAUAUCUUCAUCUACUUUCUUGCUAGUUUCUUCUACAUCCUUCCCCUCCUCUUCAACAUCAUAUCCUACUCUGCGAUCAUCAGGCAGCUACGAAACAGACGACCCAGCUCCAGGAACCUCCUCAUUUCUCUGAGAGCUAUCCUAGUGUGUGUUGUAUUCACCAUGUCGUGGGUCCCUCACUUUACUUUCCACGUGACACAUCUAGCUGAUCAACACUUCAUGUGGGUCUGCCAAGUUUUCAUGUACCUCAAUGCGAUCACUGACCCCUUGUUGUACGUUUUCUCCCCGAAUGCUAUCAAACCAUGUAUAAACAAGAUAAGGGUGAAACGGGGGUUUACUCAUAAAACCUGCGGAGAUGCAGUGUCUCAUAACAUCAUUAAACUGCGAGCAUAA